UUGGAAAUUUGAAACGCCUGAAGGGUUUAUACCGGCAUUCCAAAUUUUGAAUUUUACAAGUCCAGUGCUGGGCACAUCAAUAUUUGAUUGGCGGGGAGGUACAGGAGUAUUUGCUACUUCAUCUUCUCAGUCAUUAUCAAAUAAUUCUUUAAAUCCUGAGGAUUUUACUUGUGGGUAUCAUAUGCUUUAUUUGCGUGGGGGUCUUAUUUUCUCUGAAGGAAUGGCUGAAAAUAAUAUAUCCUCUGGCCAACAACUAAAUCAAGAAAAUUUAUUUUAUGGAAGCAUUUUACAAACAAAAUAUAGAAUUUGUAAAGAUAUAAGAGUAAAUCCGGUUGAAAUAAUAAUGGAUGGAAAUUUGGGUAUAGUCACAUUUAGAGGAGCACCUUAUGACCAAAUAAGUUCUGAGAUUAAUACUCCUCAACAACAACAAAAAAUUCAACGGCCAAUAGGUUUUCGUCUUCAUGUUUAUGCAAAAUGUGGUGGAAUUCUUUGGGUUAAUAGUGAACGUAAAGUGCUUAAUACAGCAAAUGUUGGGUUAAAAAUGCAACAAAAUAUUAAUAAAAUAAAAGAAAAUAAUAAUAGCAAUAUUUGCGAAUGGAAUUUACGUUUGAGUGAAAAUUCUGAAGGCAAUCAGAAAAUCUUUGUUCGUGUCGAGCAAUACUUUUUCCCAUCAUCAACACAAUUAUUAGACCCUAAUAAUAAUGGAGAACCUCCUCAGUUGGAAUUUUUUUGUGGAGAAGAUUCUAAAGGAAUUGUUGAGGCUUCAACACAUUACACAAACACUCAUCAAACACCCCAACUACAACAUUUCCAUGAAUUUGUAUGUGAUCAGAAUCAGGCAAAAUUAGUUGGUAAACAAUUAAAUACAAUGGAAUCAUCUGCUUUUCUUAUUAAUUAUGAUGUUGCAUCCACCUUUUGUGGUGGUCAAUCAAUUAACGAUCAACAAGGCAGACUUGCACUCAAUCCAAUUUUGUCCCCAACAGAAUGUGAAUGGACUAUUAAUGCCGUUAAAGGCUCCCAUGUUUCUAUCCAAAUUCUUGCUUUUUCACUUCCAAAGUCGGAAUUCUGUACAAUUUCAUUUUUGGAAUUUCGAGAAAAAAAUUCGAGUGGACAAUUAAUUGGACGUUUUUGUGGAGAUUUGUUUCCCCCAUCUGUUGAAAAUAUUGAAGGACCUAUUUAUAUUAGAUUGAGACACAAAAUUGAAGAAGAUUUGGAUAUUGAUGGGGGUGAAGGAGAAGGAAAUAAUGAUAAUGGAAAAAUAGCAAGAAUUGAAUUAAAAUAUACAAAAAUUUAUGGCCAAACAUCUUCUCACAUAAUCGAAUCGCCCCCCGAAGGGUUAAUUCAGCCAGUUUCUUGGCGAAUCGCUACAGAAGAUUCUGAGAAUUGGAUUCAGUUUGGAUUGACUGAAUAUAUUUUAGAACAAUUUCCGGCUAGAAUAGAUAUUCACCCAUAUUGGUGUUUUUUGGUUCCUUCCACGUCGGAAGAAGAAGCCUGUGUUGCUAACGAUCCAUUAACUAUUAGCUUUACUUCUCUUUCACCUCCCGAGAGAAAUUAUUUAUAUACUUUACGAUCUAAUAAAGCAACAAUUGUUUUCUAUCCAAAAUGUUUUGUUUCCAAAAAUUGUUUAGUAUCUCCAUUUAAAUUUUAUUGGAAAGAGGUGAAUCCAAGGAAAGGAGAACAUAAUGGGACAUCAGAAAUUGAUAAUAUCGAAAAAUCAAAAGAUGGAGGCUUUAUUUGUGGGGGAGAAUUAACUGCAACAUAUAAAAUACAAAUACUAAAUAGUCCGAUUGAUCAGAAUACAAUGAAAUAUCGUAACAAUGAGAGAUGUAAAUGGACAAUAAGACGUCCCCAAUUUGCCAAUAUUUUGUUGACUGUUACCAAUCUAGAUUUAGAACCCCAUCCAGAAUGUCAAUAUGAUUGGUUAUCUCUUGGGACAGUAAAUUAUGAAAAAGCUAAAGAAUUAGAUAAUAUUCCAACAAUUCAAAGAAUUUGUCAAAAACAACAGCAGCCAUCAACAACAAUUGAAAUAAAUUCAUCAGAGUUUGCUUUUAUUUAUUUCUACACAGACAGGUCUCGGACUAGUGGAGGGUUUUCUCUUAAUUAUUCAUUAUCCUGCAAUUCAAUUGAACUUUUGCUUCCAUCUCAAGGAAUUUUAGACACACAUUUAUCUUUAGAACCUUCACCUGAAGAUUUAACAUUAUCUAUUAAAAAUUUAAAAUGUCACUGGUCAAUUCUUGUUUUAUCGAGAAGGGAUAUUUUUGUUCAAGCUUUGGAUAUGGAUUUAGCCCCGAGGGAGUGGUCUAGCCAGGAAUGUGUGAAUGAUGCUUUAGAAUUUUCAUCUACACCUUUCUAUAGCGAAGAAACAAUUGCUAAUCGUUCUUUAGUACAUUGUGGACAAGAAAAGUUUAAUUUGACAGUUCCUUCUGGUUAUUUAUUCAUUCGCUAUAGAAGAGCUUUACCUAAAGGAAGGGGAUUUAAACUUCGUCUUCACGAAAUUAUCCACGACUGUGCCUCUUCAAUAAUUCAACUUGAUCAAUUUUCUCCUCAAAAAAUAAUUACUUCUCCAGAAUUUCCAUUAUCUUCCCCCAAUUCCUUAGAUUGUAAUUGGAUUCUUAGUGCUCCUCCCGGAAGGCGAUUACAAUUUACAAUUGAUCCAAGAACAUUUCUUUUACAAAAUCCAAUUAGCGGGGAUCGUUGUGAGGAAGAUUAUUUAGAAAUUAGGGAUGGAAGUUCACAUGCUUCAACAUUAGUUGGACGUUUUUGUGAAACAAAUGCUCCAAGUACUUUUAUAUCAACUAGCGAACAUUUGUAUGUUCGUUAUGUGACUGACAGCGAUUCAGAAUCACCUGGUUGGAAUGCCACAAUUAGUUUAUCUUUUUGUGGUGGUUCUGUUGUCCUUGUUUCUGGACAGAAUUCAACAAUUCAUUCUCCCAACUUUCCUGAUGUUUACCCAUCUUCUCUAAAUUGUGAAUGGAUAAUAUUUGCACCGAGAGGGCAUUUUGUUGAAGCAAUGAUGGAACAUUUUUGGUUAUCUGCCACAGAAAAUUGUACUUCUGAAUAUUUAACAAUAAGAGAUUAUAAUUCUACUGGUGAAUAUAUCCAAAAACCUACCUGUUCAAAAUUAACUUUAAAUUCCAAUGGUUUCUAUCGUUCACAACACCGUUCCCUUUCAAUUUUAUUUGUUGUUAAUUACACAACAAGUUCAACAACAACUUCAUAUAUUAGUACAAAUACAGCUGCUAGAGCUGCCCGUUUAUUCUGUUUAGCUAGAAAAUGUGGUUUUAGUCUUCGACUUUGGGCAUCUAAAUUGUCUUGUGGAGGGACAAUAAAGGAUGAUGGAGGGGAAUUGUCUUUGCCUUAUGGAAGUAGUUAUAUGGCAGAAAUACCUCUUUUUUGUCAAUGGAAUUUUCAAGCUGGGAUUGGGUUUAGAUAUUUGUUAGAUUUUGAAUUUUUGGCAGGAAAUGGUGGGGAGGAGGAGGAGAAUGCUUUAAUGCUUCCUUCUAAUAACGCGGAUAAAAUAAAUUGCUUUAUAGAUUUAUUGUUUUAUGAUGGCAUUGACUUUGGUGAUCGAAUAUUAAAUAGUAAUUCUCAAUAUUUUUGUUCUAACAAAACUAGAAUAAUCUCUACUUCUGACAUUUCUAUUUUAAAAUAUGAUAAUAAUAAUUGUGGAGAAAAUUAUUUAAAAGGAUUUUGUAAUUAUGCUAAAAUUGUUAAUUUAUCGCCAAAAAUUGAGUGGAAAUUAUUAAAUAAAAAACAAUUCAAAAUUAAAUAUACAAAAGUGCCGAAAGAUUUAAAUAAUGCUUCUUGUAUGUAUGAAUUAACAAUGGCUGGAAAUUUGAGUUUAAAUAUGCCUCAGGUAAAAUUUGAAAUUUUGAAAAAUAUACUGUAUACGCUCCAAUGA